AUGAAGAGGGAAAGCAGCGCUUCCACCCCGCUGCCCCCUUCAUGGCCAGUGGUUGAAUCCCGGCCAGUGGUUGAAUCCCGGCCAGUGGUUGAAUCCCGGCCAGUGGUGAAUCCCACUGGAAGGUUAGAGCCAACUAAAUAUAUUUUCUUUCUUCUGGAACUGAGCGGGGAUGGUGAUCCUGUCUCUCAUACUCCCUUUUGGUCUUAUACGCUCACCGCGGAGGUUUUUUCUGACAUUCGGCAAACAAAUUACAUGACCUUUGACCCUGAUAAUUGGGUUCGCAGGAAGGCAGAAAUGCCAUUUGUCAUGAGGCUAGUUCGAAGCUCCCUUAGUUUUUUGAAGAAGCACAUUACGAAGGCAAGAGGCUGGUUUGCUCCUAGCAACGAUUCUUCGCCAGGUGCUACUGCUCGAGCAGUAGUAAGAAAACCGGCGUCCACCAUUCAAAUACCUUCAACCGAUCCGAAGUCCAGUGAGACUUGGGGCGACCCUUUUGUUACCCCAGAAUUCACAGAAUUCACCAGAAGUAUCACCCCGCAGGUUGACUCAAUGAGCACGAGUGAAAUUUCACAUGAUGCUCAGGUGCCUUUACAUGAGUCCGACCCUUUUCUGGCUACUAACUCCACAGUCAACGUUACAUGCUUUUUACGUACUGCAAGUCUGCCACAUACAGUCGUUCGCUGCGAUCACAUCGGUGUUGACCAAUCCUCCAACACUUCUGGCGAUUUUCCCUCUAAUCAUGUGUUUCCUUUGACGGAAAGCAACGCUGCCAAGGAAGAUCCUACUCGGACAAGCUCCGCCUCCAAUCUCUCUGACUCGAGAAUCCUGCUGGGUGAAAUUUCACCGGAUGGUUCGCCACUGCUCAACAAACAUCACAUUAGAGGCUUUUCAAGUAUAGCAAAAAUGACACAACCGCCCUAUGAUUGUGGUUACACUUCUAGCGAUGUCUUAUCUCCUGAUGUUCUACCCUUGAUGGAGAGCAACGAUCCAAAGCAAGCUGCCACAAAUGCGACUCAAUCCGAGCCCGAAGGUCCUCAAUCCGAGCCCGAAUUUCCUCAAUCCGAGCCUGAAGGUCCUCUUCUUAAUUCUUUCAUCACUCCAGAUGUCUCCAUUUCUGAUUCCCGUGGUAUCAACAUGUUACUGGAUGCUGCUUGUGUGAUCUCUCUCCAGAACACUGAGAGUCCAACCACUGUCAGCAGACAAUCCAGAGUAGCAUCCCCUAUGGACAUUGAUGCCGAGUACGAUGUGGAAAUUCCUUCCAGACGGUCCAAUCAAGUCCAAACCGAAUUCUCACACGAUUUGGUACCCAAUGCCAUCAUCAACUCAGGAAAACACCAGCUUGAAAACUCAACAGAUGAUGUUGAGAUACUUAAAAGUUGUCUCGAAUCAGAGCCACUCCACAAGCGCAGGAAGGCUAGCGUUUCAAUAUCAAUUGAAUCACCCUCUGGGAAUUCUUUCACCUCCAUCUCUCCUGACGGUCAGUUAGUGGUUUGA